UCUGAGCCGGGCGGAAUGCGCGGGGGGCGGGGCUUGGGCAGGGGGCGGAGCCAGGGGCGUGGCUUGAAGCGGGUGCGCGCCAUGGGGGCGGCGGAGCCUGACCUCUACCGGGACACGUGGGUGCGCUACCUGGGUUAUGCCAAUGAGGUGGGCGAGUCGUUCCGCUCGCUGGUGCCGGUACCUGUGGUUUGGGCCAGUUAUGGCGUGGCCACCGCCUACGUGACCGCCGAUGCCAUCGACAAGGGCCGGCGAGCUGCCACGGCUCACCCACAGGACACAGCACGCGUCGGGGUGGCGGUGGUGGACACGUUCGUGUGGCAGAGCCUGGCCUCGGUGGCCAUCCCGGGCUUCACCAUCAACCGGCUGUGCGCCGCCUCGCUGGCCCUGCUGGGCACCCUCACCCGCUGGCCACUGCCCCUGCGCCGCUGGGCCACCACCGCCCUGGGGCUGGCGGCCAUCCCCGUCAUCAUCACCCCCAUUGACCGGACAGUGGAUUUCUUGAUGGACUCCAGCCUCCGCAAGCUCUAUGGGGCACCAGGAGAGCCUCCGGCCCCACACUGAGCCCCCAUUUGGGGGAAACUGAGGCAUGCGGCUGCCCUCGGGGUGCUGUGACCCUUCUACUGUGACCCAGCGACUGUGAACCCUCCUACCAGUGGUGGCCCUGGAGCGGCCACUUUGCCCCCAUGGCUGGUCCUAAUAAACCAUU